AUGUUUCAAUUCUGGUUUUCGCAUGUCUAUGCUGUAAGACAAUCGAAGCGGUCGCCUGAGGAACAAGACACUCAAUUCAGAAUUUUAGAUCAAACGAAUAUCAGCAAUGCCUAUGUUAGCGGCCUGAAAGAAGAUUUUGGUCUCUAUGGCAAUGAGUUAAACUAUUUUAAUGUCUGUUACUACACGGCAUAUGUGGUCUUCCAAGUUCCAGGCCUCCUUUUGAUGUCUCGACCGAAAAUUGCUCGAUGGCUGCUCCCUGGGCUAGAGAUUUUUUGGGGUAUAUGCACAUUUGCACAGAGUCGAGUUACGAAUGUAAACCAAUUGUACGCACUCCGCUUUAUAGUUGGUAUGCUUGAAGCGCCAGUGUUUGCUGGAACCCACUUUAUUCUUGGAUCGUGGUAUUCCGGACCAGAGCUCUUCAAGCGUGCGGGCACCUGGUUUAUCUGCAAUCCCCUGGGCACCAUGAUCAGUGGGUAUCUUCAAUCUGCCGCCUACACGAAUCUCUCAGGCGUGGGAGGAAUGCCUGGCUGGCGAUGGUUGUUCAUCAUUGAUGGCAUCUUCACUAUCCCCGUAGCUUUGAUUGGAUUUUGGAUAUUCCCAGGCAUUCCGGACUCACCCCGACCCUUUUUUCUAUCGGAAAGUGACACUGCACUGGCAAAGGAGAGAGCUAGCAGAGCACAGAUUCGUCGCCCGGGCAAACUUGGAUUGGAUGUCUUCAAGCGGAGUUUGAAGCGGUGGCAUAUCUGGGUUUUCAUUACAUGCUACGCAUGUAUGAUCAUUUCCUCCUACCCGAUGGCUUACAUGAACCUAUGGCUCAAAGCGGAGGGUUACUCAGUGUCACAAAUUAACCAGCUUCCAACAGUCGCUUACGCAAUUCAAAUUGUUGCCUCUUGGUUAGGAUCCAGUCUUGCUUCAAUUUACCCUAGCUGGAUUAUCUAUACUCUUGCAUCGGCAUGCUGCCUCUUCUCUGCGCUCUGUAUGAUCAUUUGGAAUAUUCCUACAGGCUUAAAAUUUGUGGCAUGGUACUUGUUUGGUAUUUCUGGUUGCCUCAGUCCAAUACUAUAUUCGACAGUCAAUACCAUUGUCAAAGAUGAUUCUGAAGAACGUGCGCUCAUCAUGGGCUCAAUGAUGACCUUUGGAUAUUCAUUCAACAUUUGGGUUCCUCUGCUUGCGUAUCCGACUUCCGGACCAUAUGGUGCCCCGAGAUGGAAAAGGGGAUGGCCUGUGGCCUUUGCAUUCUAUUUCCUACUGUGGGCCGGCUUUGUAUCCUCGAUCAUUAUUCAUCGACGCGAAAUUCGAAAAGCAGCCAUUGUCACUUCGCAGGAAAGUACUGAUGAAGAAGUUGAAACGGUUAUUGUGGAUCAACCCUUGAAUUUUAAAGGCGGGAUAGCAGCGUGA